ACAGUUCGCCGAGGGUUUUCAUGCUAACAGAGUUAGUGAGCAAGCACAAGGAAAAAAAUGGCUACAUCGUCAACAUAAUCUUCUUAACCCUCCUUGUAUUUUACAUGUUACAGGUUGUGUGCAGUGGAUGUUCGGUGGAGAGACGUUAUUUAAUCUACCUACAGAAGGAAGGCAGGGUCUGCAAUGCAUGUAUUAAAGAGUUUUCUGGCCACAAGUCACCAGGUGAUGCCCACUUCAAGGACCCUAUGGAGGGAGAUGAAACGACUGUAAUGUCUGGCUAUGUGAAGAGGCUCUGCGGUGGAAAGACGGAGGACAAGUUUUACAGAUUAUUUGUCAAUAAAACACUCUACAUCUAUGGUGCCCAUCAGGACACAACAGCAACACAUGUAAUGAUGCUGAUUGGAUAUUCUGUUCAAGGGGUGAGCUAAGUACACGUCUCUCUAGUGCAAUAGCUAUCCAUUGAGGAUUAUCUCUCUCUAUGGUGUAUGAGCAGGACCAGGGAGGCUAUAGGAUAACUCUUACACACCAUCAAGAUAAAGAAGAGUUGAAUGAUUCAUUUGUAACCACAGCUAAAGACUACGAAAGGUGUGUAGCUAUCAUUGUUUGGAAACAUGGAUAAUGUAUGUUUCCUAUUGUAGUUGGCUCGAUGCUUUGAAAGCUGCCUCAAGGUCCUAAGUUUUUCAAUCGAAUUAUAGCUGUGUCUUUUUAAUCUUUCAUAAUUUAUUAUUUUUUUUAUUGUGACCUACAUUUGCAUGUUCUAUAUAAUUAUAUCAGCACCAAAAUCGCAGUAUAAUAUUUACGCUAGAUAGUUUUCCGACCAACAAAAACAUUGUCACUUCACUUGACAAUAAUUA